AUGUCAAAUUGGAAAGCAAACAAUAAUCCGCCUGCAGACUUCAUCCACAUGCUUUAUGCUGAUGAUGAUGAAGAUCUAUCGGAGGACAGUGAGUUUGAGCCCGAUGAUGAUGAG